AUUGGCUUUAGGUACCGUUCACACGUGCGUUUGUUUAUUAUGCAAGGCAUGUUAGUAAAUAAUGAUAUUAAAACGGUUAACUAUAACAUAAAGUGCGAGUCUAAAUAUACACGUUAGGUCGAGAAAAGCAGUUUUACGAAAACCAAACAUUUUGAUCAAAUUACUCAGCCCAAACACACACAAAUCAAUGAAAUGCUAGAGCUGCUGAGCCGGGUCAGUCCUGCUAGAUUGCCAUGGAGGAGCUGCAUGUCCCUAGCCAUUCAGCCGACGCAGAGACGCCGCUUGGCAACAGAGGCGGCCGGAAACGGUGCGGACCACGAAAACGCCGGAUUCACCGAAUGGCGAACCGUCUAUAGUCUGCCGAGCAUAAGGAUCGUGGCCGCAUUUAGUAAGCUGAAAGUCUACCAGGCUGCCGUCACGGCUGCCGGAACGCCCAUUGUCUUCGCCCUGGGCAGCGCCGGACAGCUAAGCACGGACGCACUGGCCAUCUACGCAGCCGUGGGCGUCACUGGCCUGAUCACCCUCACACUCGCCAGCUACGCGGCCUCUAAUCUCGUGGGCUUCGUCUACGUGAACGAGCAGCAGGAUCUGCUCAAGCUGGCCUACGUGGACUUCUGGGGACGGCGACAGGAGGCACUCGUGGACACCGAUGAUGUGCUGCCCAGCUGGGAGCAGGGAAGUCCGUCCCGACUGCGAUUUGUUUCGCCCAUUUGCCUGCGUAGCGAUCCCAAACGGCGGUAUAAGCUUCUCAAUCGCUUUGGCCAUGUCAGUGAUCCCCAGUUGUUCGAGGGCCUCUUUGGAGAUUGAAUCGAUCGAUAGUUAGUUUUAGGCAAUUGUUAUACCGGAGACACCCAUUUGUUAGUAACUAAAUUAAAAAACCAUGUCCAAAAGCCACAUGCGUGUUGUUGUCGAAGCUCAACCUUUAAGAAAAAUAUAGGCUGCUGUAUGAAUCAUUUCCCCAA